AUGGUACACCUUGUGGCUGUACCAGAGACAAUCACGGCAAGUGGCUGUGCUUGUGUCUUUAUUGACACCAUCUUCCGACUUCAUGGGUUGCCCCGUGAACUCGUAUCAGACAGAGAUCCACGAUUCACUGCUGAUUUCUGGCGUUCCGUGUUCAAAUCACUCGGAACGCGCUUGAAGAUGUCAGCAUCUGAUCAUCCAGAGUCAGAUGGUCAGACGGAACGUGCCAAUCGUGUCCUUGAAGAGAUACUUCGAGGAUACGUACACUCCUUUAAGAGUUGGAGUGAGUUGUUGCCAAUGGUAGAGUUUGCCAUCAACAACUCGGUGCAUGCGUCCACGACACAUACACCGUUUUACGUGAAUGGCUUGCGCCAUCCGCGUGUACCCACCUUACUAGAGUGUAACUCUGGUUUAAGGGGGGGAGGGACUCGCGCGAGCAAAAACCGAUUUGGUUCACGCUCAUCACGCUCUGACGAAGAAGUCAUUGCGUUUGAUGCCGAUAUCGAUAACAUCGAUAUCGAAGAAGAUGAUGCCAGUGAGAGUGCGGAAGCCCUCACUGAAGACAAUGAUCCCAGUGAGAGUGCGGAAGCCCUCACUGAAGAAAAGGUUGUUGUCGCUGCAGUGCGCUCACAGCACACUGAAGCUAACGAGUCAUCAGAUGAGUUCAUACUGGCUCGUGAAACGGUAGUCCGUUUUGUGCAAGACUCUAUCGCCGAAGCGGUGGAUAAGCAAAAGCAAAACGCUGACAAGAAUGGAAGGGCAAACACUUUUAUUUAA